AUGGAAAUUGAAUAUUAUACAGAUAAUUUAGAAAUUACUAAAAAUAAUUACAAAAAAGAUGAAUAUUAUGAAAAAGAUGAAGAUGAUGAAAAUUCAAUAACUGAAAAUCAAAAUAGUUCCGAUAGCGAAACUCAAAAUGAUGACAAAGAUGAUAGCGAAGAAGAGUCUGAAACUGAUGAAGAAAAUUACAACAUCAAUAAUACUGACAAAAAAAAAUAUUUACCAAAAACUAUAAAUAAUAAUAGUUUUUAUAAAAAGGAGGAAAUUAUAGUUCAAUCAAGAUCAUCUUCACUUUUAAAUACACCACCACCACCAUUAUCAACCUCUUCUUCUUCUUCUUCCUCUUCUCCUCAAAAACAAAAACCAAAUAUAUUAAAUAAUAAUAGUAAUAUUAAUAAUAAUAAUAAUAAUAAUAAUAAUAAUAAUAAUAAUAAUAAUAAUAAUAAUAUUAAAGUUAAAGAUUAUAAAAAUGAAAAAAAAAAUAAAAAAAAAAUAAUAAUUUAUUUAUUUUUGAUAGUACUCAUUGCAAUAGUUUUUAAUGAUAGAUAUCCAUUUUUAAAAGAUAAUAAAAAUAAAGCAAGUAGUUAUGUUGCUGAUAAAGAUUUUAAAGAUUUAAUAAAUAAAUUUAAUUAUCCAGAUGAAUUUCAAUAUUUUGGAAAUUCAAUGAAAUCUCAAAUUUUAUCAAAUUCUGCAAAUAUUCAAAAUGAUAAAAAUUAUAAAAGACCAAUAUCAAUUCAUAUUUCAACAGAUGAUUAUGAUAAAACUAUUAAUUUCUUAUUAAAUUUAUUUACAACUAAUAAUAGUAAUAUUAAUAAUAAUAAUAAUAAUAACAAUAAUAAUAAUAAUAAUAAUAAUAAUAAUAAUAAUAAUAGUAGUAUAAUUCAAUUUUCAAAAUUUUCAAAUAAUCAAAUAAUUGAUAAAAUUAAAAAACAAUCUUUAAAUAAUAAAAAUUCAAUUUAUAUAUUUAAAAUAAAUGAAGAAAAUGAUAAUAAAAAUAUUGAGAAAGAAUUAGGAUUUUUAGAAAAAAUAUUAGAGGGAGGUCAUCACCAAAUUCCAAAUUUAUCAAUGAAUAAUUUAUUUUUAUUAAUUUCAAAUGUUGGUCAAAAAAAUAUAAAAGAUCAAAAUUUAUCAUAUGAAGGAAAAUUAGAACUAAUUAUUUCAGAAUCUAAAAAAAUAUUUAAUCAUUCAUUUAUUCAUAGAAUUAGAGAUACUUUAGUUUUAUAA